AUGGAUUUAAGUAGAGAGAAAGUGAAGAACAAGGGAUUGAUCUUGAAAACCUGGGAGCGGUGCAAAUCAAUGGGCCGAGGGCAAGGAAAUUCACCGUCCUCCACCAGAAUAAAACGAUUCUUAACGAGGAAGACAAAAUCCUUGCCUCGCUUGGAGGUCUUCUCCGGCGGAGAAGACGAGGACGAGAAGGAACGCCGCCGUUGCCGAAAACGGAGAGUUGCGCCGGAAGGGUGUUUCACUGUGUACGUCGGAGCAGAGAGGCAGAGAUUCGUUAUCAAAACAGAGUGUGCGAACCAUCCUCUGUUCCGAUCGCUGUUGGAGGAGGCGGAGGCGGAGUACGGAUACAACUGUCAAGCGCCGCUGUCGUUACCUUGCGAUGUUGAGAGUUUUUAUAGCGUGUUGAUGGAGAUGGAUGACGACACCGCUUCUGAUCUCCGCCGUGGAUGUGGAUAUCCAACUCCGAAGAGAUUUGGAUAUAAUCUUCUCAGUCCACGAUCUUCAUCGCUGGUUGUAAAUUAA